UUAGACUGUAGCCUAAAUUCCUGAAUGCCGAAAAAGUAUGGCUGUCAAAAACAAAAUGAAAGUUGCUAAUUUCAUGAAUUUUGGACUAGGAAAAUCGUGUUUUUUUGUGCCUAAGUGACUCCUGAUUUAAUAACUGAGUCACACAAAGUCAUUGCUGAUAUACCAAUAAUUAUAUAGCGGGCUGAAGCCGAGUGAGAGAGAGAGUGUCUCGGUAUGAGGCCAGUGUUGCCAUGAGGGUUCCAAUGACGAUGGAGUGUUCAGGCCAGUUCUGUUAGUGUAUAGACUGUAGUGCAGCCACAGAUGUCAAUCACUGUCAAGGCUCUGCGUGCAAAUAUUUUGUUAAAUUUAAGGACUAAGUUGAGAGAGCCAAGAUGGACCGGUACCAGAAGAUAAAGAAGAUAGGUGAAGGCUCUUUUGGGAAGGCAUUUCUUGUAAAGUCUAAGAGAGAUGGCCAGCAGUAUGUCAUCAAGGAAAUCAACAUUGUUAGGAUGUCAAAGAAAGAGCGUGAUGAAGCAAGGAAGGAGGUGGCGCUGCUUGCUCAGAUGAAACAUCCAAACAUCGUGACGUACAGGGAAUCAUUCGAAGAAACUGGUAGUUUAUACAUCUGUAUGGACUUCUGUGAAGCCGGUGAUCUUUAUGGGAAAAUCAACUCACAAAGGGGAAUAUUGUUUCAUGAAGAUCAGGUGCUCGAUUUGUUUGUACAGAUCUGUUUCGCAAUCAAAUACAUUCAUGACAGGAAAAUCUUACACAGAGAUAUCAAAUCACAGAAUAUAUUCUUGACCAAAAAUGGUACAGUCAAACUAGGAGAUUUCGGAAUUGCCAAAGUUCUCAACAGCACGGUGGAACUUGCCCGCACUUGUAUAGGAACGCCAUACUAUCUGUCACCAGAGAUCUGUGAGAACCGGCCAUAUAACAACAAGAGUGAUAUAUGGUCGUUAGGAUGUGUCUUAUAUGAGAUUACUACACUCAAACAUGCCUUUGAAGCGGGCAACAUGAAGAAUCUAGUGUUUAAGAUUGUGCGAGGAUCCUACCCACCGGUCUCAGCUAAAUACAGCUAUGAGCUAAGGAACGUGAUUGCUGCUCUCUUCAAGAGAAACCCAAGGGACCGUCCGUCCGUUAACAACUUGCUGAAGAAGAACUUUCUCGUCAAAAAAGUGGAGAAAUUCAUGGGGAAUGAGGUUAUUGCCAAAGAACUCGCACACACUGUGAUGCAUGGUCAGAAGAUGGCGAAGGAUGUACGGGCACUGCCUCCUGCACCCGCUCCAGUGUCAAGACCUGUGUCUGCACGGAGCGUGCAAGAAAGACGUCCGGAGAGUGCAAGACCAACACCUCGUUAUGAUCCUGCUGCUGUUUAUGGUGCUCCGGUUCGAAAAUCCAAGGACAAUGCUGCACGGCGCUCCAAUUCUAGAGAUGCACCAAGGAAAUCCUCUGAUGUUGAUAGGAAGAGGGCGGCCAUUGCCGCUGUUGCUGCUUCUAAUAAUGAAAUUGCCAAGAAAAGAAAAGAAUUACUGGAGAAGGAAAAGGCAAGGCGUCUACACCAAAAGGAGAAUGAGUUUGCUGUGCAACAUAAGGCCAUCGUGGAUAAACAAAAGGUGGCACGCAUCAAUAAGGCGCGAGAGGAGGGUUGGAAAGGUCUCAUGGAAUCUCUCAGCUCAAAUGAGGACACGAAAAGUUCAGGGGAAAGUCGUCCAAAGACACCGCAGCAGCCAGUCAAAAGAAACAUUCCAUCGCCAGCCUUCAGGCCGCUGCCUGUUGGUGGCGCCCCUCAGAGAAUGCCUGUAAACGACCGUGGGAAAUAUGACCACUACAAUGAAUUCUUGGACAAGUUGGCAGCAGAACGAGGAGAUCGUCAGAGAGAUGCGGCACCAAAGGAUUACAUGAAUGCUGGUGAAGGUCCCCAGAUUGCUGCACGACAAGGUCAUCACGAUCAACAGUUAGGUGCCAAGGCAGCGGAGCAAGCCAGAGUGGUGGAGGAGUACAUGAACCGUAAGAAGGAGGCGGCAUAUUACAAACAGAGAGGUCAGGCACAGGUGCGGGGUGUCCAGCGACGACCUGACAGUGCCAGGGGUGGAGCAGGUGAUGCCAGGCCGGUGAAGAGAGAGUGGGCAGAGAUAGAUGCCAAGAAUGAAGAGGAGAAGGAAUAUUUAGCAAGAUUGAAGCAGAUACGACUACAGAAUUUCAACGAGAGAAGAAACAUGAGGCAGGAGGGUGUGGCUAAACAAGGAGCUGGGGUCAAGGGUGCAUUGAAUGCCGACGCAGAACAACGGAAGAAGAAGAUUGAAGCCCUGAAAGCUCAGGCUGAUGAGCGCGCAAACAAGUUAAAGGUUCAGCUUGAACAGAAGAGACGCGAAGCUUAUGAGAAGGAGAAAUAUGCCAGAGAGAGAGACCGAGGGUUUGAACAGAAACCACUGUUCCCAGUUGAACCACCCAGAAAGGGUGAGGCAGCUCCAGCAAUCUCCAUCACACAGGCCAUGUCAGCUAUCGGUGCCAAGCCACAGGUUGAGAGCAGCAGUGAAAAGGUUGAACCCGCUCCUGUUAUUCCUAUCACACAAGCUAUGGCGGCUAUCGGUGCGCGGAAAGAAGUCGAAUCAAGUAUUGAGAAAUCACCACUCCAGAAGAAGAAAGAUGCAAUACUUCGCCGAGUCAAUGAAAAACCUCGUCCCAAGUGGGGAAAUAGGGACGAGGGUCUAUUCCUUGCCAAUAUGGAAUUAGAGGAGACGGCCUCAGGAAUGGAAGCCACGAGUGUUCGUGAUUCAGUCGUGUUAGGUGGCGACAGCAAACCCAAGGAGGAACGUAAAAGGUGGGGUGCACCGGAAGAACUUAAGAAUAAGGAGGAGGUCGACCCGGAUGUGUUACCAAGUGCACGGAGACAGUGGGGAGGCAUGCAUGAGAGUCUGAUUAAUAAACUGAGUGAGGCAGAUAUACAGGCGACAGUGACGUUAGUGAAGAAAGAGGAAGAAAGUCCAGGUAAACCCCGAGUUGGUGAAACCAUCGUGAUAACCACCCAGCCCCCGACGCCAAAGGCUCAUGGGACGAUAACAUUAUCCAAAGAUGACACCAAAUCAAAAGACGAAGAAAUCAAAGACCCAGAUGCAUCCAAAUUGGCUCCGGGAGAUGGUGGCUUUAUAAAAGGUGCUGGGGUUACAAUAAUAAUCUCUGACCGGGAGGAAGGAGAUCAACAGAGAAGACCUCUCCCGAGACCAAGAACCCCAAGCCCUCAACCAGAAGUGCCGCCUGUUAUCUCGGACAGAGAGGAAGGUGAUAAACCAAGAAGGCCUCAACCAAGACCAAGAUCACGAUCGCCGAGCCCACAACCAAGAGUGCUACCUGAGUUGAAACCAAGGAAAGAGAAGGUGUCUGGUUCAGAUUCUGAUGAAGAACCGAAGGCAGCGGUAAAAGGAAAACGGUCAAAGUCACAGCUAGCCUGCCUCAAGGCUAAGAGUGAUAAGACAUCAGAAGGUGAUCUGGGUGAUGUGUCAUAUGGCAGUGAACCGAAGCCUGAGGAAACAGAUGACGUGAAACCAGAUGUAGCUGUGACGGCAGAUAGGUCUGUAAAACCUGUGAUAGCCCCUGAGCCAGAUAUUGCUGUCAAUGCUACUCUAACUUCACCCAGCAAGCCUGAUGUUCCCACGAAGCCAGUGGUGCCUACUAAGCCUGGUGUGUCUGUGGUGCAAGAUGUACCACCGGAGCCUGACAUGGUCUCCGAUGAACCUGGGAAGCCAAAGUUACCAGCCAAGCCUGUUAUAGAUGCUAGAACUGUCAAUUUCAAAGUCAAGAAGGAAUUGGAAGGUGAAGAUGAAGAUAGAGCAGAAGGAAUCCCUGACACCGAAGAUUCUAAAGCAGAACUUGUUGAGUCUGAAGAUGCUGCACCCCCUGCUGGGAAAGAUGAGAAUGUCCUGCCAAGAGAGGUUUGGGACCUGGAACAACCCUCCCCAUCUCCAGAGAAACCGUCCAGCAAGUUAAAGGAGUCUUUGAAGAAGGAAUCACCUGGUAAGGUUGAUGUGAAAGGACCGACAGAGGUGAAUGCAUCACAGGGCGGGAAGCUGUUUGAUAAGGUCGAGUUGGAGGAGGCAGACGAUCAGAAUGUUGAUGAUAUGAAGGUGGAAGAGUUUGAGGAAGAAGAGACUAACCCAAGCUAUCAGAAGACCAUCUCUGGAAUGAAGCUGGGCCUAACCAUUGGACAUUUUGAUCUUCAAAAUAGCAAGAUGUUGAGGACAUGUUCGUUACCAGAUUUAUCCAAGUUGUUCAAGACAAUAGAGGGCAGUCCUGAUGAUGUGGCUCAUGUGCGUUAUUCCCUGGAUUUGCCGUCAUCGCCAAAGAGUCAGGGGGACGAGGAUGGGAACGAGGAUGGGGACGAGGAAGAGGGGGACAAGGAUAGGGAAGAGGAGGGAUCUGAUUCUGAUUCCGAUGUUGACAGUGAUGAAGUUGAUGAAGACUUGGCAAACGUCAUGGCAACCAUGGAGAGUCUCCUCCUCGACAGACAGGACAGCCAGGUUGAGCAUGACAUUGAAGAGCUCAACGACCUGAAGGGCAGUGGGUCGGACUCGGGAAACGAAGCGGACAACGACCGAGAUUCGGCAACAACGACCGGUGACAGCUCCAUCAUCAACACGAUCGUCCCGGGGCAGGAGGAAUGGUGCAACUCUGAUGAUGACGAUGAUGACAAUAACAGCGACCGAGAGCGUGAGGAAGAGGACAUGUUUUGCCGGCUGGAGGCAGCGCGUGCCAAGCUUGAGUCCGAGUUGGGCUGUGAUAGAUUCUUAGAUGUUUACAAGGCAGUACAGGCUGCCCAUGAAGACGAGGAUGAAACCAUUGAAAAUGGUGAGAAGAUAGCGCUUAAGAUUCUUGGUGACAAGGGUCAUCUGUACAACAAGAUCUUACAACUUGUCAUGGCGGACGGAGCUUACAUUGAAGACAAUGACUAACCACUGAUGACCAGUCGGGGCAUUCAUGAUCGAGUUUCCAAGAAGAGAAUAUCAUAGAAACAGCAGCCUGAUCACUCAGAAUUAACGUCCAUUUAUAUUUUACUUAAUUCCUUCCAGUUUGUUAUCGUCCAUGGAAUUCAGAAUCAGAAAUCUUAUCUGCCUUUGUUAGAUUAUCAAAAGCUUGAUGUUUGUAGCUGAUGUUCUACUUUGAUGCUGAUCGAUCAACUGGGCCUGGUCUAGUCCUGCAGUAUUUUGGACUUGCAGGUCAAGGGGGUAAUAUUGUUAGCUCUAGGGCCUACCAACUUCCUUGAAGGGCCUAAUCAGAAGUCACAAUUGCAUGAUAUCACUGCCUUGCACUGACGUAUAGCAUUUUGCAAUGUCAGUUACUAUAUGUAUAAACCCUUUAUAUUGAGGUCCUAAUAUCUUAGCAAAAUGUACGACGGAGUGACUUGAUAAUUCACUGCUCUUCCCCCCAAAAGGUCAUCAGCCUCAGUUUGAGUGACAGAAUAACGUGCAUUUCUAUAGAGGAAACAAGUGGCAGUGAGUUGUCAGGCCUGUACAACUGUAUCUUUGAGACAUAUCAUUAACCGUCCAUGUAACACACGCUUGUCUGUGAUUAUUUUUAGCAUUAUCACGUGCACUGAAUGUUGAGUUUUAUAGCUUGCAGAGAUGACUGUCAGUGGAUGAUAGAUCAAAUGGGAAAUAUUCCAGUUGGAUUUACAUGUAUGAUUGUAGGGUUAUCAGUUCCUACAAACUUGCUUUGGUAUAUGCAUGUAGGUUGGGGAGGGGGGGGUCCGUUUUGCUUACAGGAAAUAGGCCCGGGUUGGACAGGGUUCAUGAAUUUGUGUAUGCUAGUACCCAAGUCGUGAAUUUUGUGAACCAGCUGGGUUGCUUAUAAAAUGCUUUUGCUUAUCCUACAAUGCUGUGUUAUUUCAGAUGUGUAAUUAGUAAAAGUUGCCAAUGAGAUUAAUUAGAAGCCUCUUUGCUUUUGGUGUCUUGAUUAAGCAACAGUUCCCAUCGAGCCUGAGGAGGAUCAACUGCACAACUGAAUUGGUGACUUGUAAGAUCUCACGAAGUGGCUCAACUAGUGAGAUGACCGCUGAUGAGUGGUUCCACCUAGAGUUAUUCAAGCUGUAUGUUUACAGUCAGAAUAACACAUCCUCUCAUAGCAAGCCUUCGUAUUGUUCCUUGAAAACACUCAUCAAUCAAAGCCAUGCUGUAAUUGGCCUGAUUUGGUGAGAUACCUUGGCCAUAAUCCAAAGGCUUGCUAUGGGAGGAUGAAAUGACAUGACUUUCCCAGAAAGGGUGGUCACCCAGAAUCCAUCCAUUUCAAUCAAAAUGCUAAGAAGUCUGAUGAAAACGUCCAAAGCAGUAUUUUGUGCUACAGACCCAGAACUUCCUUUGACUGUGAUUUUUGUUACUGACUUACUUUUGUUGUUAUUAUUGUGUCUGGUCAAAGGGUGAGAUGUCCCGGACCAUUUCUAGCAGUCUUGGUUGACCAGACUGGACAAGUAUUGAAAACUUGUAACUUAUAGAAGAUUGUCACUUGCACUAUUGCACAAUGAGCAUGACUAUUAUUCACAUAGCACAUUUAUCCCACUCCCCUAAAGGCAUGUGAUCCAAGGGGGUCAACUAAACAGUAGGUCUGGUAUCUGGGAAACAAUGCCUUUUAACUUGGUUGUGUAGUGCUUCUUGACUUGUUGGCCAUCUCACCAGUCGCUUGCGUAGUGGCAGCCAUAAGCUUCCUCCAACUGACUCUUCCCUGGGCUUGCCAAGCCACUUGAUGUGGUUCCAGCAAUCCUAGAAGUGACUGGGUGUAUUUGAGGUAGGACACUCGCUGGCACCUGGGCACCUCCUGUAGCCGUUGUUGGCUGGUACUAGCAAAGCUUGCUUGUUCAUCAUCUGGCAUAGUCGUAGUAUGUGCACCAGAAAAGUCAGUUGGUGCAGGUGCACAGGUGCUAGAGAUUGGGGGAUCGACCCUUGAUGUGUAAUUGUGUCUGGGCAGCAGAUAGGUACCUCCUUUCCGCUGUCAUCGCAGGCUUGCCUUGGUGCACAGAGACACUGCCAUCCCUUGGGAGAGGACAACGGCCAACAAGUUGAGAACUUGCUGUUUCAUUCCAUAGUGGCUAGUACUUAUUCCAGUUGAGAUUCUUUAUGUGAGAGAUCAGGUUAUUUCAUUGUAAUAAAAGAGUAU